AUGCAUUGUGGCGUGUGUAAUUCUACUGAGCACAACGCCAGGUUUCAUAAACCAAAAUCACAGGGUUUUCAAGACAUUGGCGUCUCUUCUCAAGCUUCUCAAGGGACUGUCACUCAAGGUUCUCAAGGGAUUGUGAUUGAAGCUUCUCAAGGGACUGUCAUUCAAGCUUCUUAG